GCAAGAAAUGAUCGGGAAUAAAGAAGGACAGACAAGGGGAAAUGAAAAUGCAUCUAGGGAUUAUGUAGAACCACAAAACAAGUACGAACAUCUGUCCUUUGAAACCCGGGACAAUCAUUCAUAUGAGGCAAUGGAAUCUGAAGACGGUCAUGGAUUUGAUCAGCCAUGGAAAUCUAUUGCUAACAAAGGAAACUCCAGGAAAUAUGAUACGUCGAAGAGGUAUUUAAAAAAGAUCAUAAUGGUCUUCCUCAUCCUCGCUCUCAUUACUGGACUCGCCACUAUGACCGCACUCUUUAGUGUUGAAAAAAAUAAAAGUAAAGAUCGUGAUUGGUUGUUGAAACAACAGGAAGGAUACGCACAGGAAAGACUUAAAAAUAUAACUCAACAAGAAGAAAUCCUGAAGCAAGAAUUUGACAAACUGAGAGAACAACAGAACCAAUCAAACCUAACAGCACAAAUCGGUGAAUGGAUUCAAUUCGAAACCAACAGUUACCUAUUCUCAAGCAGUGCUCUGACUUUCCAUGAUGCAUUGAUCAGCUGCAAAAAUAUUGGUGGAGAUCUUCUUGAAAAUAUAGACGUACCGGACAGGAUAGCAAUUGAGCUAGAGUUAGUUAAACGAGGAUUUAAUUUUACAUGGAUUGGGGUGACCGAUAUCCUUCAAGAAGGUAUCUAUGUAUAUGAGUCAGAUGGGUCCAGAGUGGAAGAGGGCAACUGGGCAGAUGGGCAACCAGGACAACUAGGACGAAAAGAAAACUGUAUUGUAGCACUAAAGGCUGAUAAUUGGAAGUGGCACGACAUCAAGUGUAAUUAUUAUUACACUUAUCUUUGUCAGAAAACUAAAAUCAGUUGUGACUAAAAAUAGCAAUCAUAUAUAUUUCUAUUCAGAAAAUAUAAUAAUAAUUCCUUUCGUCAUACAAAUUGUGAAAUUAGGGACUUGGAAGAUCUGUAUUAAAUGAUAUAAACUCUGGGA